CCUCAGGGCCAGCCGCGGAGACAGCUGCCGCCUUGUUCCGCAGCCCGGUGGCUUUUCUCUCCCCCACCCCCCACCUUCCCCUCUUUGCAGAGACCAGACAUCCCCGCCCUCCCCCACCCCUGCCCCACCUCUCAGGGGAUUCUUUCCCUCCCAGCUCUGAAAGCGUUAACCCUGGAGCUUUCCGCGGCCCCGCACCCCACCCCCCACUCCCCACCGCCGGCUCCCGCCCAAGGUUCCUAAAAAGGGAAGGUGCAAAGUUUGGUCCAGGACAAAGAAAUGACUGAUCAAAGCCAGAGAUACUUCCUGUUGCUGGAACGUUAUAUAAAACGUCACCAACGCAGUGGCUGCGGAGAAGCACCUAGCGCUGCUGGCCCAGCCGCCGCCGCCGCCGCCUCCCAGCGCCUGAGGUUUCCCGGGGACCACAAUGAACAAGUGGCUGUGCUGCGCGCUCGUGUUCCUGGACAUCUCUAUUAAAUGGACCACCCAGGAAACUUUUCCUCCAAAGUACCUUCAUUAUGAUCCAGAAACCUCUCGCCAGCUCAUGUGUGACAAAUGUCCUCCUGGCACCUACCUAAAGCAACACUGUACUGCGAGGCGGAAGACUGUGUGCACCCCUUGCCCUGACCACUACUACACAGACAGCUGGCACACCAGUGACGAAUGUCUGUACUGCAGUUCAGUGUGCAAGGAGCUGCAGUAUGUCAAACAGGAGUGCAAUCGCACCCACAACCGUGUGUGCGAGUGUGAGGAAGGGCGCUACCUCGAGGUAGAGUUCUGCUUGAAGCACAGGAGCUGUCCCCCUGGAUUUGGAGUGGUGCAAGCUGGAACCCCGGAGCGAAAUACGGUUUGCAAAAGAUGUCCAGAUGGGUUCUUCUCCAAUGAGACGUCCUCUAAAGCUCCCUGUAGAAAACACACAAACUGCAGCAUAUUUGGUCUCUUGCUAACUCAGAAAGGAAACGCGACACAUGACAAUGUAUGUUCUGCAAACAACGAAUCGACUCAAAAAUGUGGAAUAGAUGUCACCCUGUGUGAAGAGGCAUUCUUCAGGUUUGCUGUUCCUACGAAAUUUACCCCUAAUUGGCUCAGCAUCCUGGUAGACAAUUUGCCAGGAACCAAAGUAAAUGCAGAAAGCGUUGAGAGGAUAAAGCGGCGGCACAGCUCACAAGAACAAACUUUCCAGCUGCUGAAGUUAUGGAAGCAUCAAAACAAAGACCAAGAUAUGGUCAAGAAGAUCAUCCAAGAUAUUGACCUCUGUGAAAAUGGUGUGCAGCGGCACAUUGGGCACGCAAACCUCACCUUUGAGCAGCUUCGCAGCUUGAUGGAAAGCUUACCGGGGAAGAAAGUUGGAAUAGAAGACAUCGAAAGAACAAGAAAGACAUGCAAAUCAAGUGAGCAACUCCUGAAGCUGCUCAGCUUAUGGCGAAUAAAAAAUGGCGACCAGGACACCUUGAAGGGCCUCAUGCAUGCGCUCAAGCUCUUGAAAACAUACCACUUCCCCAAAACUGUCACACACAGCCUGAAGAAGUCCAUCCGGUUCCUUCACAGCUUCACCAUGUACAGAUUAUACCAGAAGCUAUUUUUAGAAAUGAUAGGCAACCAGGUCCAAUCAGGAAAAAUAAGCUGCUUAUAACCGGACUCACAAUGGGCCAGAUCUGAUGGAUAAGUAGACUGUUUCUCAGGCAUUGAAGGGGUACAGUGAUUUCUUUCUCAUCACUAAUGGCUAAUUUUGCCACAGGGCACUAAAAGCAACUAUGAUGUAAAGAAAGAACUAAAGUCUCCUGAAAACUUCCCCAAUAAACCCCAAAUAAUUGAUCCAACUGUUAGGACUGGCCCAGUGUCCACUGACUGUAUGUUCCCAUGUUACUGCUUACAGUAAUUUAACUGGAAAUAAUAAUAAAAACUAGACUCCACUGUGCCUUUCUAAAUGUGGGAAUGUCUAACUUAAGUAGCUUUGAGAUUUCAGCUGUGCUAUGGGCUUUUAUUAGAAAGCCACAUUGUUGUUGUUUUAUUUUGUUUCAUUUGCAAAAGUUACUAAUAUAUCUGUAACACUAUUUCAGUAUUGCUAUUUAUAUUCAUUCAGAUAUAAGAUUUGUACAUAUUAUCGUCCUAGAAAGAAAUGGUAUAAGACUUAAUUUAGAAAUAAAAACUAUAUUCUGUUUAUUAUUAUGAAAGAUGAAAGAGAUAAAAUAUAUAUUUUUAAUGGAAAGUUUGUAGGGUUUUCUAAUAGGUGUUGCCAUUUUUUCCUGUGUGGAGUGUUUUUGUGAUAUAAUUUUAUCUGUAUAAGCUGUAAUAUCAUUUUAUCGAAAAUGUAUUACUUAGUCAAUUGUUUAAUGUUGGGAAGUGUGUGAAUUAUAAAUGAUCUGAAUAUUAGAAGCUCUGAGAAAUUGAAUGUACCUUAUUUAAGAGAUUUUAUGGUUUUACUAUAUAAACAUCAUUAAAGUUUUCCAAGUAUUUUUUACUGC